CUGCACCGACGUGAGGACACACAACAGACUUGGUGUUGGGAGUCAGUGCCCUGGAUACGUGCAGAUCGUGCAGAUCAAGAAGACGAGGACCUAAGGAGGUGCUGCAACACAACAAGAGGACGGUAGAGAAGGACUAAGAUGGAAGUCUACACUGUAACGGUGGCCACGGGUACGUCUGAGUAUUCAGGCACCAACAACUACAUCUACAUCACCCUGGUGGGAGAGAAAGGGGAGAGUGAGCGCACCUUGCUGGACAACCCCGGACUGGACUUCUGUCGAGGAGCAGUGGACGAGUACAAGGUGACCAGCCCCUCACCUUUGGGCUCCCUGCUACUGGUGCGACUGGAGAAGCAGAAGUUCUGGGUGGAAGAUAACUGGUUCUGUCGCUAUGUCACAGUGCAGCCUCCAGGUGGAGACAAAGCGCUGGUUUUUCCUUGCUACCGUUGGCUCUUAGGAGAUGUCAAGUUGGAGAUAAGAGAGGGAACAGCAAAGACCGCAAAGGAUGACUCCUCACCCAAGCUCCUGGCACAUAGGAAGGCAGAGCUGGAGGAGCGUAAAGAGACAUACAGGUGGAUUACUUGGGCUCCAGGGAUCCCCCGAUGUAUCGAUGCUAAGACAGAGGCAGAUUUACCCCAAGAUGUUCGCUUUGACAAUGAGAAGAGGAGUGAUUUUGAGCAUUCUUUACACUAUGCCUUGCUGGAGUUGUCCCUGAAGAAGUUGGCCAUCAUGUUUGGGAAAUCCUGGAGUGACCUGGACGAUUUCAAACGGAUCUUUUGGAAGCUACGAAGCCCCAUAGCCGAGUAUUGCAUGGAACACUGGAAGGAGGAUCGAUUCUUUGGCUACCAGUGUCUGAACGGCUCCAACCCCAGGAUGAUUCGGAGGUGCAAUCAGCUCCCAGAGAACUUCCCUGUCACGCCGAACAUGGUGCAGAAAUCGAUGGCUGCCAGGACCAACCUGGACAAGGAACUGAAGGCAGGGAACAUUUACUUGUUGGACUACGCAAUCAUGGACGGAAUUCCCACCAACACAAUCAAGGGUAAACCUCAGUACAUCGCCGCUCCACUCUGUCUCCUGUACCAACACCCAGACGAAGGACUCAUACCUAUUGCAAUACAGCUGGAUCAGACUCCAGGUUUGGACACGCCCAUCUUCCUGCCCACAGACUCACCUCUGGCCUGGCUAUUGGCCAAGAUCUGGGUGCGUCACUCUGAGUUCCAGGUCUUCCAAGUUCUGUCUCACUUGCUUCGGACUCACUUGGUGGUCGAGGUGUUUUGUGUGGCUACUCUGAGGCAGCUGCCUGCCGUACACCCCAUAUACAAGCUCCUGACCCCUCAUUUGCGUUACACCCUGGAGAUCAACUGUAGGGGGCGCACUCAGCUCAUCUCUGCUGAUGGCAUCUUCAAACGGGUUGUGUCCACUGGUGGGGACGGCCUGUUGAUUUUGGCACAGAGGGAGUAUAAGGUUCUGACCUACCGCUCCCUUCAGCCCCACAUCGACUUCAACGAAAGAGGAGUCUCCCAGCUCCCAAACUAUUUCUACAGAGAACAUAGUCUGAUGCUAUGGGAGGCCAUUCACAGUUUUGUGACUGGUAUGGUAAACCUCUUCUACAAAUCAGACCUUGAUGUGCAGAAGGACAUGGAGCUCCAAGCCUGGUUCAGAGAAAUAUCACAAGAAGGCUUCACAGCUCUUCCCAAAUUUGGUCUGCCCAGUAAACUCAAAGACAGAGAGGAACUUCACACCCUGCUGGCAGUAGCCAUCUUCACCAGCACGGCACAGCACGCCGCGACCAACAACGGACAGUUUGACUGGUGCGCCUGGGUGCCCAACACGCCCUGCACCAUGAGGCAACCGCCUCCAACAGACAAAGACGCUGUUACCAUGGAGAUGAUCAUGGCCAGCCUCCCGGAUGUCGGCCAGUCCUGUGUACAGAUGGCUAUCACGUGGCAUCUGGGGCGAACGCAGCCGGACGCAAUUCCCUUGGGUCAAUACACAGAGGAUUACUUCACGGAGGAUCAGGCCCUUGAGGUGAUUGACAAGUUCAGAAAGGAGCUGAAGGAGAUCGAGGCUAACAUCAUGAGUCAGAACGAAGGACUGGACCUGCAGUACCUGUUCCUCCUGCCCAGUCGUGUUGAAAACAGCAUCACCAUAUAGAAAUAUGCUUAACAAUUAUAUGUGGUGCACCUGUCUGAUUUGUUUUUACUUCAGUUUCACAUUUCAUUUAUGUUUCUGUAAAUAGUUUGAAAAGAAAAGUCUCUUAAAGUAAAUGAGAAAUACUUUUUAUUUGGGGGUGGGGUUAGCAUAAAUAGAUUUGUAUUUCUUCUAUUUAUGACUAUGAUGAUGAUAAAAUGUAUGUCAUAAUGAAAUAGGGUGGAUAGUAGAACCAUGUUAGCCUGAUGCUAUGUUGCUAGCUCACUUUACUCCUACACAGGGUGGCAUUUUCUGUUGUCAGGCCAGCUAACAGCUAGCCGCUAGCCGCUAAAACUGGAUAUAGUUUAAUAACGCUGUUACAACCCAAUGCAUUAUUUAUUAUUUAAGGAUAUGAGCUGCUGUGUUUAUUAAGCAGCGUUAUCCUCUUCGUGUUCUGUAUCUUUUGUAUUGUGUCAGUUGUGAGCUCAGGGUGUUGCAUCCUUCCUACAAUAAAUAGUUUCUGAACAAAUCUUUAUUUAAAUACUCUUCUUG